CUUCUGUGCACGCGAGCACUCCCCAUCCCUCUCAUCCGACACACACACACACACAGCGCAGUGAGAGUGAGGGUAGUGCUGACCGAGAAGCGCAGUCGUAAAAAUACAGUCUGUCCCAAGGUCUGUUUUUUCCCAAAUUCGAUCCCGCGCUGUGAAUUCCCUGUGCCAAGUUCCUUAUAGUUUUCUAUUUAACUUUUAUUCCAACAUGAUAAGGUGCACUGGAAUAUUCUCCCACGCUUCGCACUAGAAAAGAAUUAUCAAACAACAUAUCACAACAAUAACACAGCACCGUAAAGUAGUCUGAAAAGGAAUUGGGCAGAAAUUCUGCAUCUUCAGGAUGGCUCUGAACACAGAUACCACCGAACCAACUAGUGCUCUGAGUGUAAGGCAGGAAGAAGAACAGCAACAAACUGAACAACCGACUGAUCAACAAGCAGACGACAGAUCUGACCAGAUCCCCAUAUCCUCUCAGCCAGUGAAGACUGAGCAUCAAGAUCCACCAACUGACUCAGAGUCCACUCCUGUUCCAGAAAGCUCUGUCCAGAUGAAUGGCCUGGCCAAAGACCACCUGUCAGUCAUCGAUGAAAAGAUGGAAACAAGUAAUGGAGACUGCCCUAACGCUGUGGAAGCUUCUCCUCCUACCUCCUCCCGUUCUUCUCCACCUCGUCAUCAUCAUUCUAAGGCUAGCCAUGUUCAUGCUAAUGGCCAUGCCCGCCUCGGCAGCCGCUCGGGUUCGAUGAGCCAUGCUGGGUCGCCUCGGCCUUCACUCAGCCGCCAGCCUAGUGCUCUCACCGAUAGUGCUAUAGAUGGCACCAAGCCCAACGAUUACCUUAUCCUGGCCAUACUUGCCUGCUUCUGCCCUCUCUGGCCUAUCAACAUCGUUGGCUUGACCUUCUCUGUUAUGUCUCGUUACAGUCUGCAGCAAGGGAAUGUCGAUGGAGCGCGGCGUCUUGGCCGCAACGCCAAGGUCCUCUCGAUUGUCUCUCUUUUGGGUGGAAUUCUCAUCAUUACUGCUGCCAUUGUCAUCAACUGGGGACUGAUAUUAAAGUCCUGAGGGUUGCCAUGACAAUCAGACCAAGAAGGAAUUUCUGACCAACCAACUGAUCCAAGAUGACCAUCGUCCUCCUCUAACCUUGCAUUUCCACAUAUUACUGAAACACCUCAAGAUUUAUUUUUCCGUUCUUUUCUACUCUGUAUCAAGUUCCUGAGACCAAGCAUCCCCUUUUCAUCUGUAGAAACAAAAAUCAGGAGUGAAGACUUCCCCAGCAUUUUGAAUGGAGGUAUAAAUGACUGAAGCCAGCGGAAUCGUAACAUGCAUGUUUUAUGGGGUUUUUUCCAGCAAAAAGGACUAAUUGCUUUUAAAUGAUGUCAGCAAAGAGGCAUUAAUGAUCUCAUUUCCUGUCUAAAGUCCUUUGUGUGUGUGUGUGUGUGUGUUUGUGUGUGUGUGUGUGUGAGAGAGAGAGAGAGAGAGAAAGAAAGAAAGAAAGAAAGAAAGAAAGAAAGAAAGAGCAAGAUGUUUGAUGAAGGCACUUUGUGUAGAGAAUAUGUGAAAGAUGAUCUGUUCCUUUUGCUACCAAGGAUGCAGAUUUUCUGAGUAAUGACAUUCAUAGAUAAAUAGAAUUGCUAAUAUUAAAUAUAAUGGCAGAAAAGGAAAUGAAUGAAAUGUGGACGAUGAAGCAGAGACAGUGAAAAGGAAACAAGGCUGAGAAUCUGAUGUACCCCCAGCAAGCAGAAUCUCUAUCCAGCAUUCUCUACUAGACACGAUCGAAAUCCCAGAGGAGCAAGACAAUAAAAAAAAAAACUAGCAUGCGCACUCCUAUGCGUGUGUGUGUCUCCUGCUUCGGUUUUCUCUUCUUGAUAGGUAUUUAUGUUCACAGACUAAUGUUUGGCACAUUAUCAGAGGCGAGAAAACCCAAUGCAGGUGAAUACACACAUAAACACAGACAGCACAGACAUGAGCUUCCUGACCAGCUGACGGUAACUAAAGUGCAUUGAUGCUGUGGUGUAGGAAGAAGGGAGGGGAAGCAGGGCUGAACUGAGCUGCAGUCCUUUGUUUCACACAGAUGGAGAGAUGCGAGAGGGAGGGAGGAUGGGAAGGAGGGAGGGAGGUGGCAAACUGCUGAUGAAAAGAUACUCUAGAGAUGGAGAGAUGCGAGGAAUUGCAGUAGAGAAGGAUGCAUAUCCGCCGUCUGAUUGGUCCUACAUUGUGUGUGUGUGUGUGUAUGUAUGAAAGAGAGAGCGAGAGAGAGUAUGUGUAAAAGGGAGGGGGUAAUGCGGUAUUCCCCCUGCACCCUACCCCCUUUCCUCUUCUAGACUUACCAGACCACCAGUGCAACCAUGUGAAGAGGAAUUAGUGUUAAGUUAGCGGUUUUUUUUUUUUGGUCUUUUCUUUAGUUUGUGCAACUGCGCCCAGUAGAUCUUAAUGUUUACAAGACCAGUAUCAGCCUGCACAAUCACAUCCCAUAAUUGCAAAAUCAACACAGCUGAAUCUAUUCCCUCGAUUGAGUCAUUUUUUGUCACUCAACAGUGUGAUACCCGAAUUCACUUCUGUUUGGGUCGCUUUGCCAAAACAGAAUCUGUGCCAAGUCUCGGAAAGCUAGCUUUUUAGUGUGUGUGUGUGUGUGUGAGAGAGAGAGAGAGAGAUGAUGAUGAUGAUGAUGAUGAUGAAGAGUUAAUUAUAAUAUCCCAGUCCCCAAAAAUGUGGUAUUUCACCAUUGCUGAUUAUUUCGUAUACAUCUUGUUAUAUAUGUGUGUCACGAAAGAGUCUAAAUCUACUUCCCGGGUAAACUCUUUCUUGCUAGAUUUGUUUGGCAAAACAGUAAAACGCUCACAGACCCCCUGUUUUACACGGUUGAUGUUUACAGUCUAACUGUUUCCUUGACGAAAGCCGAAAGGAAGUGACAAGUGGGUUUUUUUUAAUCUAUUUUGUGAAGGUUUUCAGAAGGCAAGUCCUUCGUUUUGUAGCACUUUGUAAAUACGUGAUAUUUAAAGGAAACUCUGUAUACGACAAGGUUUACAGCAUUGUUAAGCACCAGGACCACAUGCUGGCUCCAGCGACAUGUUGUCUGUUGUUGGUUUGAAAGCUGCACAAAUGAGGUUUUGUCCACUAGAGGGCAAGGUGGCUCUAGAGUAAGCACCUGGAGGAUUCAAAGUGUGCAAAGGUAAAUCUUCUGGACUUUUGUCUUUCAGAACCAAUGAACUGGGUCUAAGACUGGGCUUGAAUGCAACUGGAGGUCAGUUGAGUACUUUACUGAAUAUUUUCUACAUUAGCACACGAUGUUCAGGGACCCUUUGUUUUUUUUUCGUUCUGUAUGCUUGGUGGACAAAAUCUAUAAACGUGCAUGAUUAAAAUGUGGUGGUAUCGGAAUGAAUGAGCAGAAAUUGUGUUGGACUGAAACCUUUGCUGCAUUUUACAUAACAAUGACAACUGAGUUGAAUUGUGCACCUUUUUGUUCCCUUCUCUGGCUUCCCUCGAAUAUUAAAUAACCUGUAGCAUGCCUAAAUUUUAUUUUAUUUUAUUUUUUAAUAAUUGCAUUAAUCCAAAAGAUUUUGUGCAGCUAUGUGAGAAAACUUGGCUUUGUUUCUAUUCUCUUGAAAUGCUUUAAUCUGGCUGAAGAUAUUUACUCUGCCUGCACUGCUAGCUUUCCUAAUGUAUAUACUGAUGUAUAUAUUUAUAUGUAUAUAUUUGUACUGCUACCUGCGUCUUCUUUGAUGAACGUUAGAUUAUUAGUAACGCAAUUCCUCGACUGUUAUCACUGCGGUGGUUUCAUGCAUUCUAUUGUUAUACUAUAUUUAUCGUUCAACAUAUUUUUAUUGGUUAUGUAAUUCGGAAUUGUUGCCUCUGGGUGAAUUAGAUAUACUGUAUAUAUGCACCAUAGCUUCGCAGUCAAGGGUUUGGCUGUCAGGUUUUACUGGUACAUUUCUGAGGUGUGAAACUUUGACCUCACGUGUUUACACAGUUUAUUACAGAAUCCACAUGCUGCUUAGUGACUUUCAGAAGAAGGAAUCAUCUAAUCUUUCAGUAACACCAGCAGAGUAUUGGUCUCUGGGUUUCGUUUGCGUUUCCGCCAGUUCUCCAUGUCCUUUCAUUUCCAGCUGACUAAAAAUAUGUAUUUUUAAAGGACCGUGUGAAAAGCACCCUAUGCCAGUUCUUUUGUGUCUUUCUUGUUCAGUGAAUGUACUUUCCUUCACUGCAUUAUCUCACCCUUAUGUUGGGUAAGCCACCAGUGCCAGAGGUUGAUGCUUUUUUUUUUUUUCUCUAUGAAAUUAAUGUUUCUUGCAUUAUGACGAGCCCGACUGCUUCUAUAAUCCUAACUUUGUGCAGACUUGCCUGUGCAUGCCUUAAACGGAUUGCUUUUAACCAACAAUAUGUGAUGUACACAGUAUGUAGAACAAGGCCUUUGAUCGAGCCCUAUGUAUUGAUCUUGUUUCAGUCCUGACUGAUACUAAUAAUGUUUCAGUGAAUAAACACUUCCUCAUUAGUGGCA